AUGUUCAACAAAUUGAAGAAACUCUUCAAUGGUAAUGCUACCAAUCGUUCCAACACCUCCAAGAAUAAUAACAAAUCAACUGAAGGAGUCAACAAUGGCCGAAGAAAAGGAAAGAAUAAUCGUAAUGGUCAACCAGACAUACAAGAGAGUGUGACACAACAACAACAACAACAACUUGAUACUGCAAGCACAUCAUCAUUGGGAGUACAAUCAGAUGCCCAUCUAUUUGAAUCGUCUGGUGGUGACUUUGUAGAGAACGAAAACAAAGACACCAACAGAGAUGAUGAUGUCUCUACACCAACUCUACAUCAAACAAAGACUGGUUCAUUCAUCCGUUCAGUCUCUUCACAGUUGUUCAGGAGAGGUCUGAAGAGUUCUGGAUCAAGACAUGACCAAGACAAUGACAAUGAUGAACACGAUGAUAUGCCUCAACAACAAAUCAUACCCCCCGUCAAUGAUGAUGAGGAGAGUGAUGAUAUCUACGAAGAUGAUGGUGACGACCAAGAUGACUACAACGAGGAUGAGGAAGAAGAGGCCUUCAUCAAAUCACUUCAAGAGGUGGAGAAUGAGCUGGAGGCAGAGAGUCAACAGUUGACAUUCAGGUGUCUGUCCCCCAAUGAGCUGGUUCAACACCAACAGAAAGAGAUCAAGGAUGUGGCAGAUCUCCUACAAUUGUCCCCAUCAUCUGCACUGGCACUGCUCAAACACUUCAAUUGGAAACGUGAGAAGAUGCUCACCAGAUACUUUGAGUCACCCAAAGACGUGUGUAAGGAGGUCGGUAUCGAGUUUCCUGGUCGAAGCAGCGGUGGCAAUUCAUCAAGGAGCAGAUCGCCAUCAUCCAUUGGACAUCAAUCACACGACAAUGUCGUAUCCAACAUUGGUGCAUAUUCAUCCACAACCACUACAACACAAUCUCAUCAUCAUUGCGCUGAUCAGCACGAGCUGGAGCAAGAGCAAGGUGAGUCUGAGGAAAGAGUCUGCUCGAUAUGUGGUGAUGAGAAUCAAGACGAAAUGACCUCUGUCAAGUGUCGCCACUUCUUUUGCAAUGAUUGCUGGGGUGGCUAUUUGACGUCAAAGAUCAACGAAGGAGAAGCAAACAUUCGAUGUCCCUUCUACAAGUGUACAGCGUUCGUUGAUGACUCGAUAGUUCAGCGACUGGUUGCCCCGGUCACCUAUGAGAAGUACCUACAGUUCGAGACCAAGAAGUUUUUGGCUGGCAACCAGUCUCAGGUCAGGUGGUGUCCAACUCCUGGAUGUGACAACGCAAUCACUCUGAUCAAAGACUCUGCAUCCACAACACUGGAGAUCGUGCAAUGCUCGUGUGGAAGAAAGUUCUGCUUCAAGUGUCACCGAGAGUCACAUGCACCUGCCACUUGCGAACAAAUGAGCCAGUGGGAGGCCAAGUGUCAGGACGAAUCGGAAACCAGUCAUUGGAAAGUUGUCAACUGCAAACAAUGUCCAAAGUGCAGUGUUUCUGUAGAGAAGAAUGGUGGAUGCAAUCACAUGAACUGUCGUCAGUGCCAAUACGAGUGGUGCUGGGUGUGCAUGCGCUCCUGGAAAGGACACAAUGACUUCUACGUUUGCAAUCGUUUCGAGAAGGAGAAGGAGCCAAAGAAGUUCCUGUACCUAUUCAACAAGCCAACUGCCUCAUCAAAGAAGAGAGAGAAUGCAGAAAUAGAAGAGAGAGAGAAGAAUAAGGCUGAACUAUUGAGAUACCUUCACUACUAUGAGCGAUAUGUAAAUAAUGAUAGUGCCAAGAAGUUGGAGAAGGUGAUGAGAGAUGAAGCCAGGUGCAAGAUGGAGGAGUUAGAGAAGCUUGACUCCACCUGGGCCAAUGUACAGUUUAUAGAGAAGGGAGUGGACCAACUACUAGAGUGCCGCAAUGUUCUAAAACACACCUAUGUGUUUGCAUUCUUCUCCUUUUCACAGAGCAACCAACAACGAGUGGAGACCGCUCGGGAGUUAUUUGAAUUCCUGCAACAGGAGCUGGAAAAGUCAACAGAGAGCCUGGCCGAGGUAAUGGAGGAGGUGUUAAAGAAGAGUGUCAACCAACUUGGCAGUCAACAGCGAAUACAGGUCAUGAACAUGAUCACCCUGACAAAGACAAAGACACUUGGAUUGAUCAAUGCCGUUGCCAAAGAUUCAUUGUUCGAGCUGUAG